CUGUGCCUGCAGCAGAGUGCGGCACGGGAAAAUAAUUAAAAAUAAUGCAAACAUGAGCGCACAUUUUGCAUCCGCAGAAACCCAAAACGAAGCAACGUUUCGACCCACCUCGCCGCGGUAUCAGUUGCGACAUCCAUUACCCACGUGCCUACGACCAUUCCAACCGAAGGCGAAACAGCUUUACCGGCAUUCUGGUGCGACGAGAAGAGCAAAGGGAGAAGGGCGCACCCACGGGGAACACCCUUUUAAGGGUCAAAACUGGAAGCGCAGACGCAUAUUAGAGCCAGAGCUCGUGUUUUAGGUACGCAUACGCAUGAGAAUAAGGGGUUGCCAUCGGAGUUGCCACCCUCUCUAAAGCAGCCGAAAGAACAGCAAAAGCACACUGGUGCCCGACCGACUGUGUUGUGACUGUGGCUGAGUUCUGCGCGAGGUUCGUAUCGGCUGGCUUGGAGAUAUCGCCCCACUCGUCCGCCCGAUUGGUGCAGCCGGAGCAGCUUCCAGCGUUGAUCGGUGCUGCGAGGAUGCGCUCGUCGGACAGUGUGCUGGUGCGUGGCGACGAGUGCGAUACGCUGUCGGUAGUGCGCGCGUAGUUGGUACAGUGACACGAUUACGGAACGAUAAUUAAGUCCGCCGAAAGAAAAGAGACGAUUAGUGAACGUUUACUGCAAAAGAAGACACACCAAGUGUAGUUUGUGAAACGGUGCAGUAGGCAAAGGAAAGGAAGCUCAACCGACUCAGCAAUCAAGAACGGCGAGUGCUGACAACACACAGUGAAUCAUCAUGGCGACCUUGCUGAAGAACGUUACCAACAGUAUAUGCCAUGCGUUCAAUGCUUUGCAGCAGAACCGGGACGGAUUCGUGAGCAAAUCGAAGCUGAAGGUGCUAACGGCUAACAUUGCAACGCUGCUCGAUCUGUACGGUGUGGAGCGGGGACUGGACCACUUCCGGUCGACGGCAACACUGAACUUUGAGCACUAUCGGUACUAUCUGGCGCAGGAGGUGUUUGCUGGCGUGUCGAACGAGCUGCCACUGGCGGCGUUGCGCAACUAUGAAACCAAAAUCGAUGAGGUCUGUUGGUUAGUGUGCAGGAUGAAUUUCCCGGCCAACGAUCAGUACUACACGGAGGAGGCCGUGUACAAGCUGUUCCGCAUAUUCUGUCUCGUGGCCGACCUGUCCACCGACGCGUCCGAGCCCGAUCUCUACACGGUCAAGAUCCACCCGAUGGAGGCGCUGAUCAUCAUCAAGCAUCUGCUGAACGCGCUCGGGCUGAACUACGACGGCGACGGCAAGUACGACUACCUGCGCACCUCGGAGGAGUCGCUCGAGUUUGGCGAGCUGCUCGAGAUGCUGCGCUUCAAGAACUACGACAAGGUGAACGACUACCGCGAAUCGAUCUGCGAAGCGAUCGGCGACAUGUACCAGACGCUGAUCGAGGACGUCAUCAAGAAGGGCUACCUGUCGCGCCGUGGCUACGUGCUGCCGACGUUCCGCGAGUACUUCUUCGUGCUGCAGCCGUGCGAGCUGUCCUACUACAAGCACCCAGCGGAUCGGGAGGUUUGCGGCACGAUCGUGCUGGACUCGCGCUUCAUGGUGAAGCCGGCGGGCAACCCGAGCUCGGGCAAGCAGGAGAAGGUGCAGCGCUUCACGCUCGUGUCGGGCGACCGGACGUACGAGCUCGGGACGCCCGACCACAAGACGCGGCUGCAGUGGAUCGCCGCCCUGCAGCUAGCGAUCACGUACUCGACCGGACGGGAAGGGUUCCAGCGCGACACGGUGAACCGGCGCAAGCAGCAGCGCGAAGCGGAGCAGCGCCGUCGGCGGGAAGAGGAACAGCUGCGCAGCCAGCAUCUGCGCCGGCUGGAGGAAACGCACGUCCAGCUGGAGCGCGAGAAGCAGGCCCGGCUGGCGGCAGAAUCACAGGCCCGCCAGUACGAAGCCGUCGCGCGGGAGGAUUCGCGCCGCGUGGCCGAGCUGGAGGACGUGAAGCUGUGCCUGGAGAAGAUGCUGGAGGACGAGAUACAGGCCAAGCGGGACGAGGAGAUUGUGCGGGCGCUGCAGGCGCGCGUGCUGGCCGAGGAGUGGGAAAAGCGCGAAGAGCUCGAGCAGCUGCAGGCGGAGCAGAAGAGCCUGCUGGAACAGGAGCGCCAGAAGCGGAUGGAGUUCGAGCAUCGGCAGCAGGAGAACGAGCAGAAGCUGCUCGAGGCGGAAGGGAUGCUGCGGCAGCUGGAGGAGGAGCGCAAACGGCUGGACCGGGAGCUGAAGCUCGCCCGGCAGAAGAUACAGCUGUCGGAGGACAACAAGGGCAUCGUGGAGGCAAAACUGCAGGCCAUGUCUCCCACCUACCGUACCAGCGCAGGCGAGUUCAUGAUCCGCCGGACGCAAUCGUUUGUCGCGGCCGACCGACCAGUGCUCGUAGCCGGCACCAGAUCGUCCCAUCGGUUUAGCUAGAGAAGAACCAAGUCAUCCAUCGCCCCUUGCAACACGCUUCAUGUAUGCUUCAAUGUAUGCGAUGUAUAUUUGGUACGGCGUCUACGUAUUCUACAGUGUAAGCACUAAUCACACCAUUCCACAUACACACACAAACCCUCGUAAGCUUAGGAAGAAUUUAUUUAAUAAAAGUUUAACUGAAAUCUGA